CGCGUAAACCUUAGUCUGUAACUUUUCACCGUCGCAUCACCAAGGGACGUGAACCCUCGCCGCAAAACAUCAUGGAUCCCACAAAAUUGGCCAAACUUCAGGCGCAGGCUGCAGCCAACAGGAUCGGUGGUAAAGGGACCAUGCGUCGGAAAAUAGUCCGGAAGACCAAGCCCUCUGCCGCACAGGAUGACAAAAAACUCCAAGGUGCCCUCAAGAAACUGAAUGUGCAACCUAUUCCUGGUGUAGAGGAGGUUAAUAUGUUCAGGGAAGAUGGAAACGUGCUGCAUUUUACUGCCCCAAAAGUACAUGCCGCGGUCUCCGCCAACACGUUUGCGAUCUAUGGAACUGGUCACGUCAAGGAGCUGACUGAGCUCGUCCCUGGCAUCUUGAAUCAACUUGGCCCUGAUUCAUUGGCAUCGCUCCGUAAACUUGCGGAAUCAUACCAGGCCAUCCAACAAGGGCAACAGAGGCCACCUACCGGUGCCACUGAGGACGAUGAUGAUGAAGUGCCUGAUCUCGUCGAUAACUUCGAUGUUGAGGGCGAGCAAGCCGCAGCCGAAGAGAAGAAAGAGACCCUUGAGGAUGUGAACUGAGCGCGCAACCUGCUUGAUGCGUGUGGUUUGAAGGGGAGUAUUUGUCAUAUCGGUUUUGAGAGUUAAUUUGAUGGGUGGUGGGAAGAGUUGGAACUAAAUGACGGACGAGUAUCCGGGUAACAGCCAGCUCAUUUGCCAUACCAUCAGUUUCCAUUCAUGCACUGUCAACAAAAGCCUUCGUCGAUCUUACCCCGAUACGUCGCUCUUUUCAUGUCUUUAUCUCAUCUUUGUGCUCUGUAGUUCCUAUCCUCCCAUGCGAUCGCACAUUACUGCAUGCUAGCAUUGUUAACUGGUAUGGUUCUGAGACAGACAUGUUCGCAACAUGUACAAGUUUUGGUGACGUA